AGACAAGUCUGGAGAUCCCCAAUUUUCCCUCUCCUGAUAAUGCAACACGUGGUUUUCUUUCAGUGGGGAAACUGUAAAUCCCUACCGUCUCCUUUCUCCGCCAGUCCUGCGCACCCAAACUCUAUAUAUAACUCCACAUCCCCCACCUCCAUUUUCCCACCUCCUGCCUUCUACUUCCCACUGCCAUCAGCCGCAGUGAAAGCAAAAAAGAAAAAAAAAAAAAGAAAAAGAAAAGAAAAAAUCAAUACACAGAGAAGAAGGGCAAAGCAAAGUUCAAAGUUUUGUUCCUUUCCAAAGUCUUUUGAACAAGCCAUGGCGUCCUCCAUGUCCUUGUUCAUGUCCUCCAGUAGCAAUCAAACAGUAAAUCCCCAAAUCCUCGGGUUAAAACAGAGCUCCAGGCCAUCCCAUCUCAUCCGACAAAAUUCAAUAAAAUCAGUCCGAAGCCGUCGGGAAAUCGCCGGACCAAUCCAUUGCUCCAGUACUUCUAAUUCCGUCCUCGAAAUCGCCAAGCCCGCUCCUUUUUUACCUUCAACGCCCUCCACCCCCCGGACAAUCCUCCCAUCCCCCACCAGCAAGUCGUCCCGGCCCAAAUGGAACAUCUUCCAACGAGCUGCCGCCGCCGUGCUCGAUGCCGUGGAAGACGGUUUAAUCGCUAACGUGCUUGAACGCGGUCACCCCCUCCCGAAAACCGCAGACCCCGCCGUCCAGAUCGCCGGCAACUUCGCCCCCGUGGGGGAACAGCAGCCGCACCAUGAUCUUCCGGUGGACGGCCGAAUCCCACCUUUCAUUAACGGCGUAUACCUACGCAACGGCGCCAACCCGCUUUACGAACCCGUCGCCGGUCACCACUUUUUUGAUGGCGACGGCAUGGUGCACGCCGUCCAACUCCGCAACGGCCGCGCAUCCUACGCCUGCCGCUUUACGGAAACUGAACGGCUGAUGCAAGAGCGCGCAGUGGGGCGUGCUAUCUUCCCAAAAGCCAUCGGAGAGCUCCACGGCCACUCCGGUAUCGCUCGACUGCUCCUCUUCUACGCCCGCGGCGUCCUUGGCCUCGUCGAUCCCUCACGCGGCACAGGUGUCGCCAACGCCGGUCUUGUUUAUUUCAACAACCGCCUCCUCGCCAUGUCGGAGGACGACCUACCGUACCAUGUCCGCAUCAACCCUAACGGCGACCUCGAGACAGUUGGGCGUUUCGACUUCGACGGGCAACUGACCUCCACCAUGAUCGCGCACCCGAAGCUCGACCCGGAGACUCGCGAGCUGUUCGCACUCAGCUACGACGUGAUCAAAAAACCGUUUUUGAGGUACUUCCGCUUCUCACCGAGCGGAGAGAAAUCUCCGGAUGUAGAAAUUCCUCUAACGCAACCAACCAUGAUGCACGACUUCGCCAUCACGAAGAAUUUCGUCAUCGUCCCCGACCAGCAGGUUGUUUUCAAGCUUCAAGAAAUGCUUUGCGGAGGCUCCCCGGUGGUCUACGACAAGGAGAAAAUCGCCCGCUUUGGCGUGCUUCCCAAAUACGCCGUCGACGCGUCGGAGAUGCGGUGGGUCGACGUGCCGGACUGCUUCUGCUUCCACCUCUGGAACUCAUGGGAAGAACCGGAAACAGAGGAAGUCGUCGUUAUCGGCUCCUGCAUGACCCCACCCGAUUCCAUUUUUAACGAGUCGGAGGAGAAUCUCCGGAGCGUGCUGACCGAAAUCCGGCUUAAUCUCCGCACGGGGAAAUCAAGCCGACGGCCGGUUCUUCGAGCCGGGGAGACGCAGAUAAAUCUGGAGGCCGGAAUGGUGAACCGCAACAGGCUGGGGCGAAAGACCAAGUUUGCGUACCUCGCGAUUGCGGAGCCAUGGCCAAAGGUGUCGGGGUUUGCCAAAGUUGAUCUAGCCAGCGGCGAGGUUCAGAGAUUCGAAUACGGCACGGAUGCAAAUGCGUGGGAGAGGUUGGGGGGGGAGCCGUACUUCAUCCCCCGGGAGGGGGGCGAGCGGGAGGACGGCGGAUAUGUCCUGGCCUUCGUACACGACGAGAGUGAGGGGACGUCGGAGCUGGUUAUAGUCAACGCCGCAGACAUGAGGAUGGAGGCGUCGGUGCGGCUACCGUCGAGGGUGCCGUACGGGUUCCACGGAACGUUCGUCGGCGCACGUGAACUGCAAUCACAGGCGUGAGGUGAUGGGGCACCUCUAUUAUUACAGGGAGGGGAAUUUUUCAGAGGGAUUGGCUGUCAGGUCCCCGGAGUUCUCCUCUUUUGCACAAAUAGUGUUAGUUGUUUCAUUUGGUUCUUUUUCAUUUCUUUUUGAUGGAAAAGGGUGGCCAGUUCGUAGCUUUUGUUGAUGUAGGUAUAGAAUUGACGAGCUCAGCUGGUCUCCUCUUCAUUUUUGUUCUUUUGCCUUGAAACCUUUUUGGGCUUUUUCUCUGUUGGUACAGAGUUUAUGAGGCAAUAAUGCCUCGCACCCUACCUAUAUGAAGGGUUUUCAGGGGCUGCUCUGCUUUUUCUCUGUUGUCUAUACCAUUCAUGGUACAUUUGCUUCAUCCUCAUUGUUCAU